AGUGCCCACGGCUGUUAGCCGCAGGUACACAUGCUCCAUGGCAACCUGGCAGAACCCUGCACCCUGUAAGCAGCGAUCAGCACUACGGCAGACGCUUGGAUUCACAGCCUGGCUUUGUGCGAGGCCUUUGGCGAGCGGGGCGCUGGCCUUGCUUGUUCUCGAGCGUUCGGCAUCGUUUUACGUGAAAACUCACAUUAAAACGUUCGUUGGAACCCACAUCUGCGGGCGUCGUGUCGUAUUUUGGGGAGUGGCACCUCCCGGCCGCAAGAGGGCGCUGUGCGCCUCACAUUUCUUCCGGGGCCGCUCCGUCCGCAGUUCCGCUUCCGGCGGCUCGCUGCCCGCUCCGUCCCUGGUGGUGGUGGUGAUGGCUGCCGCUGCGUCCCUGUCCCCGGAGGAUCUGCUGCCCAAGGGCAGCGCGGGCAAGGCCGAGGAGAUGGAGGACGAGCUGGAGGACGACGACGACGACGAGGAGCUGGAUGAGACGCUGGCGGAGCGGCUGUGGGGGCUGACCGAGAUGUUCCCCGAGAGCGUGCGCUCGGCGGCCGGCGCUACGUUCGACCUGUCGCUGGCGAUAGCGCAGAAGAUGUACAGAUUCUCUAGGGCAGCUCUGUGGAUUGGGACCACCUCCUUCAUGAUUUUAGUUCUUCCUGUCGUGUUUGAAACGGAAAAGCUGCAGAUGGAGCAACAGCAGCAGCUGCAGCAGCGACAGAUUCUCUUAGGACCCAACACAGGGCUGUCUGGGGGUAUGCCAGGGGCCCUGCCUCCGCUUUCCGGAAAAAUCUAAUUUGCUGAAGCCACGUUGGAUUUGUAUCAUGUGGGAAGACCUUGAGAUGAUGAUAUAUUGAACUGUUGAUUUGUUGGGUCAGGGCAUUUUUUUGUUUUGUUCUUAUUCUUGGUUCUAUUUUGGGACAUUGACAUGUUCAUACUGUGGGGGGGUGGAGGGAAGCCCCCUGUCUGGACCUGAUGAUGGCUCCUGUCUGCAUUCUUCCCCUGUAGAAGUCAUGAGUCUUUUCUUUUGUUCAAUCAGUAUGCCGGAAUCAGUUACAGAGACUUGAAAUCAUGGAGUUCCUGUUCUGGACUCCUCACCUCCCAGAAAAAAACACCCUGGGGCACAAGUCAGGCUUCAGAUGGCAACAGUCAAACAAAAAUCCUUUCCUGGCUAACUCAAAGCCUGAGGGCAUCGGUGACAGAACAAGAGGCAACUCUCCCAGCAUAUGAAGCAAAGGAAGAAGCAAGGUUGAGGGUAUCUGUACCCCGUGGAAAAAAUUAUCUGGGAGGAUGGGCACGCAAAUACUUUCACUGCAACAUUGUGUGUGUGAGUGUGUGAGUACCAAGGGAGUGGCAGAGGGGUUAAUGAAAAUCACAUCAGUGCUGAUCCUCUGCGUCAUAAAGUAGAACUUCAGAAAUCGGCUGCGUAUUUUUUUGUAUUGAAUAUUAAAUAAAUCCAACCUGAGCAGUGUGGUUUUAAUAGA